AUGCAGCAAGCCGCCCAGGACGAGGCCGCUCGGCACCAACACCAGGGCGUGCUGAACUCCCAGGAGGAGGACCUUGCCGCGUGUGAGGAGAAACUCGCCGCAAUGCUCCGCGGCAAGGAUGAGGAGGUGGAGCGGGACGGGCUGAAGGAUCAUGCCCUGAAGCUGGCCAAGGAGAAGGAAACGCUCAACGGUGCCUUGGUGGAGGUGGAGGGCGCAGUCCUCAGCAAGGCUCGGCAGCUCUCCAAGACCAACGACUCCAUCAGAGACCUAAAGCUGAAGCUGGAGGGUCUUGAGGAGACGCUUUCAGGGGCCAGGGCCCGGGAGGAGACCCUGACCAAGGAUCUGGAGAAGGAAAGUUCUUCGAUCUGCCUCUCUGCCGCCGAACGCCUCGACAACGACGAACACCUCGACGCCGCCAGGCUGCCAGGACCUCGACGCCGAUGCCGUUGCCGCGCCCUGCCUGUCCCGACGCCGCCGCGCCCCUGCCGUGCCCCGACGCCGCCGUGCCCCGACGCCGCGACGUCGUGCGCCCCUGCCCUGCCUCGACGCCGACGUUGUGCGCCCCUGCCUCGCCCCGACGCCGUCGCGCUCCUACCCUGCCCCGACGACGCCGCCGUGCACCCCUGCCUCGACCUCGACGCCAACGCAGCCGCGCCCCCGCCCUGCCCCGACGCUGCGCCACGCCCCUGCCCUGCCGUCAACGCCGCCGCACCACUGUCCGCUGGACAGGCCGGUACUCCCUCCUCCCUCCCACCCCUCUCCUCUGUCCUUCCUUCAUGUAUGUGA